AUGGGCAAGAACCAGUCCAAGCUGUCGCCCGAGCAGCUCUCGGAUCUGCAAAAGAACACCUACUUCGACAGGAAGGAGCUGCAGCAAUGGUACAAGGGCUUCCUUAAGGACUGCCCGUCUGGCAUGCUCGACAAGCAGGAGUUCUGCCGCAUCUACAAGCAGUUCUUCCCGUUUGGCGAUCCAUCGACAUUUGCGGAAUACGUGUUCAAUGUCUUUGACGAGAACAAAAACGGCACGAUCGACUUCAAGGAGUUCAUCUGUGCCCUCAGCGUGACUUCGCGAGGAAGACUCGACGAGAAGCUCCGAUGGGCUUUCCAGCUCUACGACAUUGAUGGCGACGGCACCAUCACGUACGAAGAGAUGCUCACUAUCGUUAGAAGCAUCUACAAGAUGACCGGCCAAAUGGUCAAGCUCCCAGAGGACGAGGACACACCCGAAAAGAGGGUGGACAAGAUCUUCCGCAUGAUGGAUCGCGACAAGAACGCCCAGCUCUCUUUCGAGGAAUUCCAGGAAGGAAGCAAGCAGGACCCCACCAUCGUUCAGGCGCUCUCGCUUUACGACGGCCUCGUCUAA